GCUUCAAAAGCGCUGCAAAUGAAGAAGAGCACUCAAACAGCAGAGCAGCAGCUGUAGAGAAAAGAAAAAGGGAAAAUUCCAACAAUACCCUUAUCUAGCCAUGGAAUUUACAACCGAAGAAGGCAAAACACCCCAUACCGAAUGCUCGACUCUUGUUCUGCCUUCUCUCUCGAUAGGGAACGUGGGCCAGCUAGCGAUUGAUCUCUUGAUAUCGUCGAUCGGAGCUGACAGGAUCGGUUAUCUGGAUGAUCCGUCUGUUCUUCCAUGCGUCGGAAAUGAUGCCUACAGACCAGUCCCCGAAGGCAAUCUUGCUUUGCCACUGGAAGCUUAUGAUUCUCCUUCUCAUGCAUUGACUCUUAUCCAACAACGGUCUCCAAUUAUCAAGGGAAUGAUGGUGGAAUUUGCCAAGAAUUUGGCAUGUUUUGCAGCUGCUGCUGGAAAGAAGCAUGUUAUUGUUCUGUCAAGUUUAGAUUCUGGACGGAGGCAGAAAAUUGAUUUAUCAAGUAACAUGCAGAUAUAUUACCUUUCAAGUAGCGGCAUGGAUGGGACAGAUGGUGAUUGUGAAAAGCUUGGGUGGAAAAGAUUGCCAGAAUACGAUCCUGCCCAAAGACGAUGGAAGUAUCUUGAGUCUUUGGCUGAAGGAAACUCCAUGCAGGAAGACUUCUCUUUUGAAGAUGAAGUGGUCGAUGAUGAUUACUACCCAAGUUUGCCUUUUGCGGCAUUGUUCUCUUGUUGCAAGGCAAAAGGUUUGAAAGUUACUUGCAUAUUAUGCUACUGUUCGGAAGGAGACAACAUACCUGAUUCUUUUCAAUUGGCUGAGGCAGCAUGCAAACUUCUAGGGCUGAGCACGAAAGAAUUUCGAGUCUCAGGAUCAACUUGCCGAUGUAUUCACCAAGGCUGUUGGUCAUAUUCAGUCAACAUGCAUAUUCUCUAAGCUUGGCAUUGAUAGCAUCUAUACUUCAGCUUGAGGGGGAGCGUUCAUGGAAGUGGAUAUGGCGCACCUAGGCCCACCUAGUUCGUAUUCUCUUAUUAUCUUUUGUUUGUGUUAAUUAGGAUAUGUUGAGUAUUUUUUCUUUCCUUAAAGGAUAUAAUUGUCAUAUUGGAUUUGUUUAGUGAUAAAAAUGGAGAGGUGGAGGACCAACUCAAUUACGGGCUUUUCUCUUCUUUUAUCUUCUCCCCAUUUUCUUCUCUUCUUUCAGGUGCUACAGUGACAUGCUACUGUAACAAGCAGAUUGUUCUACAAUAUAUGAUAAUUCUCAUAAUGGGAUGGUACUACAAUCAUCAUCCUCAUACACACUCGUGCUGUUCACAUAAAGGGGAAUGAUCCCAUAGCGUGGACACUGUUGUAACUUAUAGUGGUUUUGUGUUGUGUAGGCCCACCAUGAUGUGUGCAUGACAUCCACUCUAUUCAUCAUGUGCAGUCUGUCAUGUUUACCUUGGAGCCCAAAAAUCAGGCUGAUACAAAAUCCGCAUGGGCCACACCAUAGGAAACAACAUAAUGUCACACCUAGAGCUUUUAAAUUCAUGUGGUGUGGCCCACUAGAGUUUUGGAAUAGCCUGAUUUUUUGGGGUGUCCCUUAAUCCUUGUGGGGCGUGUCUGAUCAGUGUUUGGAGUAUCAGUAUUAUCGGGGAUUUACCAUGCUCAGAUGGAAUUACAAGUAGUCUCAUUUUGGCCCCUCACUAUUUACUGGUGACUUGCUCCUUUGGAUGAUCCUGACUGUUGAUCUGGUGGAUCCAGUCAUGGAUGGGAUGCUUAACAACACUCCCCCUUUGCAAAGUACCAACCAUCCAAUGGUUGGCACGCAAAUUGACCAUGGAAAACAUAAGAUAGUGUGCCAUAUGUUAUGCAAGAAGUCCAUCGAUUCAAAGGCUGGGAUUGUUUGUUGAUGGUGAUUUUCGGUCCACUGUCCAUCUGUGCUAGGGCUCACCAGAUGAACAAUCCACGCCGUUGAAAAUUGGGCUCCGAGUGUACUGAAUGCGGAUGCCAGUUAUUCGGGCUGAGCAUCAUGUAAUAAUACAUAUGCCACGUUUAUAUUUUUACACUGCAUCAUCAGCAUUCAUAAACUUAUCAGUGGAUGGUUGCUGGGUCCCGUGGUUGUGCCACUUGAGC